UAUCACAGCCAAUUAACUUGCUACGAAGAUCACCGAUCUGGAUCGACACAAGAUUUUUCAUUAAAAUUGAACUACGAAAGUUCUGCUCACUUGGCGGCCUCCAUUGACGUAAACAUCCUUUUUUCGGAAAAUUGACCAAGUUCUGCCAAGACGCCACUUUUUUUAGGAGGCUUUUUUCAAUAUAAUAUCGUGAUCAAGACAUCGAGCUCAUCGAUGAUAAGCUUUGGCAAUUCUUUGGUAUAAGAAGGACCUCGAGUGCGAAAUAGUUCUUUCAAAUUGCUCUGAUUACCGUGAUCAUUCGUCUUUUGCUGAGCUGAUAUGAAAGACACUCCCGAAGAUCAAGAAAGGAGGCAUCAUCAGAGAUUCGAUCAAACAUCACCAUCCGACAGAGGUUCAAGAAUGUCAGUUGCAACCGUUCCACAACCUUACAAUAUGCCUAUGGGCCCCUAUGAGGAAAGCAAGAGUCGGCUUCCUCCAUUAUCAUCCAUGCUCCCACCUUUGAAGCCGCGCAUGAGCACAGGUACGCAAAAUUCUCCAUAUACAGAUAACUCUCGGGCUACAUCCUCAAAAGAAGUUGAUGGUCAUACGCCCGACAAUCAUGCAAGAAUAAACACCGGAAGACCGAUGAUUGACCGAUCAGAAAGUGAUUCUAGGUUCAAUCCAGGCUUGAGUGAUGGAUCAUCUGAACUUUCGGAGUACCGUCAUGGACUUCGCUCUCCCAAUGAAAGAGCGGAAAUGGAAGGACAAGCCACAACACACGGAUCAGAGAGACCGGACAUGGAUGGGCAGUACCAUGGAGACAUAGACGGACAUCCACCUUCUUAUCGCGAUGGGUAUGGUAGACCUUCUUGGAUUGCCAAGGAAAAAGAAAUGCAAGAUUCGCGCGAUCGACAAUCUAUGUCGAUCAAACAAUCUGGUCCUUCACCUGCGUAUCUUUCACCCGCAAUGGCAUCUGUCACACAUCCCUCUUAUGUCCACCCCAGAGCACGAACUUCAACAUCGGAUGGUCAAAUGUUUGCCAGCAAUCGUUCAGCGCAAUCUCCUCCUCCUUCUUUCACGACUAGAUUCAGCUCUGAUCCUUACAGCAUGGACGAACAUUCUACUGUUUCCUCUUCUUCAUCUUUGCGUGCACCUUCUCAGCAUUUCUAUCGAUCACAAGUUCGAUCAUCGACAAAACCGUAUGAGACUGCAUCAACUUCUUCGACAGAAUUGGAAUUCUUCAAUCAAUUGUGGGAUGUGAUGCUGGAGGUACGUAAGCAUAUCGAAAGAUAUCAAUCAAAGAAUUCUGCGGCAGGACCUCGGCCUUUACCUUCAAUUCGUGAUGGUGAUAUCGCAACUUUGACUUCACACUUGCAUUAUGAGAUUGAUGUUCUAGCCGAAGCUGAUGGUCGUUCGGCUGAUCAUUUCGCAUUGGAUGUUCGUCAUUUACACGAUCAAUUCUCCCAACGAAGACAAAGUAUGCGUGCUCGAUCAAACACCUUCUCUAUGGCCUCUAAUCGAGAUCGCUCAAGCUUUUCGCAUUAUCAACCACAUCAACAAUACCACAGUUCUUCUUCUACUUCUCCGCCAAACCAUCCAAGGGGACCUGGAUCAUCUUCGCAAAUGCCGCAAGGUACUCCUUCAAUGCCAGGCGGAUAUGGCGAGACACCAUCAAGUGCUCCUCCCAUGACACGAGGUCAUGAAAUGUACUUUCCAGCGUACAACUAUCAUAGGACAGAAUACGGUAUGCAUGGUCGAGAGAACAUUAACCAAAGAGUGAUGGAACUUGAACGUAGAGUCUCUUCAGGUUAUGCAACGCCAAUGUAUGACGGUCGAUUCAUUACUGGCCCUUCUUCACCUCAAGAUGAUAUGCGAUCCAUGUCAUCCGGUCAUUUAGGUCCAGGAACCAUGUUUCACCCUCAUCACGGAAGAAUGUCACAAGCGAUGCCAAGAAGGGUACGUAAAAGACGUGAUGAGGCUGAACAAAGUUGUCUAAGUUGUUCCGCAAAAGAGACACCCGAAUGGCGAAAAGGUCCAACAGGUCCAAGAACAUUGUGCAAUGCUUGUGGAUUGUUGUAUGCCAAACAAUGUCGAAAACGUGAAUUGGACCUUCAAGCACACGGAAAACGUCAAAGAGGAUCCCGAACAGGCGGAGGAGAUGACAUGACACAAGAAGGACGUGAGAAUAGCCUAUUGGAAUUGCAAUUAGCCGUUCAAGCUCGUGUGAAUCAAUCCAAUCCAAUGGGAAUGCCAGACGGCAUGCAAUCAUCCUAUUCAGGUAGCAAUACCGCAAAUGAAAUCGGUGGCAGCGUGUCCAGAGCAGUCAUCAAUCCAAAUCAACAAGCCCAAGCCGGCGAACGAUCGCCUCCUUCUCUACCUCCAUUGAUGCGUCAAUGAUUGAUAUGUUUUUGGGAGUCAAGCCUUUGUACAAUCAUUUUCUCUUAAAAAAAGUUUUUCUUUCCAUUCCCCUCAAGCGCUUCGAUAAUCAAAUCCUUGUAUAGUUUGGUCUCAUUGCAUUUCGUCCUCUCCUUCUUCUUAUCUACUGUCACAUUAUCCUUUCUUAUCUUUCUUUCCUACCACAACGAUACCAGU